UUUUCACGCCUAUUCUCCAUUGCGGAAUCCAACUUGAAGGUGAAAUUCUCAUCCAUCCGCAAGUUCUUCUCAGGGCGCUCUCUGUUUCUCUAUUUUAAAUAAGGGAAGAUAUUGACCAACGACCAUGUCAUUAUUUACUGAUGUCCCACACGCUGCUCCUGUGGUUGUUUUCAAACUGACUGCAGAUUUCCGCGAAGACCAGAGUCCUAACAAGGUGAACCUCGGAGUCGGAGCUUACAGGACAGAUGAGGGCCAGCCUUGGGUGCUCCCUGUUGUGAGGAAAGUGGAGAAGAUGAUUGCAGAGGACAACAGUCUAAACCAUGAGUACCUGCCCAUCCUGGGCCUGCCGGAGUUUCGCUCAAGUGCCUCUAAGAUCGUGCUUGGUGAGAACAGCCCUGCUGUCCUGGAGAAGAGGGUGGGAGCUGUGCAGUGUCUAGGGGGUACUGGGGCACUGAAGAUUGGGGCUGAGUUUCUUCGCAGGUGGCACAAUGGGGGCAAUACCAAAACUCCAGUUUAUGUCUCUGCCCCUACAUGGGAGAACCAUAACGGGGUUUUUGCUAAUGCUGGGUUUGAGGAUAUCCGUCCAUACAAAUAUUGGAAUGCAGAGAAACGUGGACUUGACUUGGCAGGUUUCCUGGGAGACUUGGAGAGUGCCCCCGAACAGUCUGUCAUUGUGCUGCACGCUUGUGCACACAACCCCACAGGCACAGAUCCUAGCAAGGAUGAGUGGGAGCAGAUUGCUCAAGUCAUGAAGAGGAGGAGUCUCUUUCCCUUCUUUGACUCAGCAUAUCAGGGCUUUGCUUCUGGAAAUCUAGAGAAGGAUGCUUGGGCAGUUCGAUUCUUUGUAUCCCAGAGGUUUGAAAUAUUCUGUGCACAGUCCUUCUCAAAGAACUUCGGACUGUACAAUGAGAGGGUGGGAAACCUGACAGUUGUCGCCAAAGAUGAGGACAACCUCACUCGUGUGCUCUCUCAGAUGGAGAAGAUCGUCCGGAUCACCUGGUCCAACCCUCCUUCUCAGGGAGCACGUGUGGUGUCUAUCACUCUCAAUAACCCAGAACUCUUCACUGAGUGGAAGGAUAAUGUGAAGACGAUGGCUGACAGGGUGCUGCUGAUGCGAGCUGAACUUAAGGCCAAGUUGCUGGCACUGGGCACCCCAGGCACCUGGGAGCACAUCACUGAGCAGAUCGGCAUGUUCAGCUUCACAGGCCUCAACCCCAAACAAGUGGAGUACCUGGUAAAGGAGAAGCACAUCUACUUGAUGGCCAGCGGCCGCAUCAACAUGUGUGGUCUGACCACCAAGAACAUAGACUAUGUUGCUGAGUCCAUUCAUGAAGCGGUUACCAGGGUCCAAUAAUACCAUCUCCCAAAUUGCCUGCCCAUUUGUAUAUGACAAAGGAGGCAUUAUCAACGUUGGUCUGGAGAUGUCACGCACACAGACACGCACACAGACACGCACACUUACUUCUUUAGUCAUUUGUGCCCAGCACGCCAGCUCUGUUUGCUGGCACCGUGAUAAAUCUAAUAUAUGCUCAACUCUUAAUUAAUCCUCAAGGACGAGUAGUUGUUCCAGGUGGAGGGUUGUGUUUUGGUGUACCUUCAAGCUGUACUCAGAUAGCAGAGAAAGUGUGUCUUUUUUUUUCUGGUUUUCCAUAGAGCUUUUAUGAUUUACCAAAAAUGUAAAACUGCAGGAUUUCAGGGACUACUCACUACUCACUGAAGUUGUUUGAAAAAUUUUAAUGGCAGUUCCAGCUUGACUGGCUUAAAGAUUGUUCACCGUUAAUAUAAAAAUGUAAGCUGUUAACUCACAUUUAAUUGUGUUCUUUUAGUGAACCUCAACUGAUUUCAACUGGACCUCAAGCAGAUUUGUAAAAUAAAUUAUACAGGGAAAAAUAUACCUGGCAAUUCAAAAAACCCAGAGUGACGGAUUUGGGUUGACAGAAUGUGAGUUUUAUUUAACAAUUGUCUUUGUUUAUUUAUAGGAAAAUACAUUACUUAAUGAAAUAAUUGGCACAUAAAUAACUUUGUAUGCAGCAUUAUUUUAAUACAGAGGCAUCAAGAUUCUAGUAGAGAACCACAUGAGAUGAGAUGAGGUGUGUGUGUGUGUGUGUGUGUGUGGUGUGUGGUGUGUGUGUGGUGUGCAUAACGUUCCCCUAAGCCCACUCCUAAGUUUAACUGAACCAAUAAACCACCUCUAGGCUGAAACCAAACUGCACUUCACAUUCUACAUAGUUAAGUACAGCAUCCUGCCCACCUUUCAUGGCCUGUCAGUUAGACUUUGCCAUUAUAAUAUCAAGACAGCACUGGGAGCCCUAAUCACUUUUUCACUGUUGUCUAAAAUAGGAAAGAUUUCCUAUAUUGUGUUUAAUGACUCUGGAAGUUCAAGGUUUGCCAGGUAGUUUUGCACUUUAUAUAAAUAUUUUUGUUUAUAGGGUGUCUUUAGUGUCUGCUUCUUCUGUCACUCUCUUCCAAUGCUGUGCAUGCCUGUGUAGCAUCAAUGCAAAGUCCUUAAAUUGGCAAAUAUAUAGAAUCUUUAGCACAAGUAUGGAUCACUAUUUGGCUGCUUGUUAAAAAUACCUGUCAAAUAAUUAGUUCUCUCAGUAUGUAAAGGUAUAUGUACAAACUUAAAUGAGAAGAGCUGAUUAAUGCCCAUGAAAUAAACAUAAUGCAAACAUCAUA